UGUAAGCUCAAUCUCACUAUUUGGUGGCUAUACUUGUAUGUCAGACACGAAAACAUUGCUUCAUCUAGUGCUUAAUGAAGAUAUUUAGAAGUGCAAAGGAUAUAUAUCGUUAGCGGGCUCGGGUUAUGGAUGAACUAAUCAAGAAAGCAAUCCAAGAAAAUGAGGCUACGAGGAAACCCUUGAGCGCUGUUCCGUGGAAACCCGAUCAGCCGUAUGCACAGCCCUUUUUCACAUAUGACCGCUCUAAACAAGCAUGGACAUCAGCGGAGCCCAAGCCGGUGCAGCAAGGGGGCGGUGGAAAUGGAAUUAAUCGGCUGAGGCUGUACAGCUGGAACAUCGAUUUCAUGCUGCCGUUCGCGAAAGCGAGGAUGAACGCCGCGCUAGACCAUCUCGACGAUCUAACGAGCAAAUUACCAUCCUCAACCGCCGCGGUCAUCUUCUUGCAGGAGUGCAUCGAAGAGGACCUCGAUACGAUCGGCGAAAAGGAAUGGGUAAGGGAGAAAUUCAACGUGACGGAUGUCGACGGCAGCAACUGGCAAGCCCACUACGGCACCACCACACUAGUCGACCGACGACUGGCUAUCACGUCCUGCUUCCGCGUGCACUACGAGAAGACGCGUAUGGACCGCGACGCCCUAGUCGUAGAUAUAUCGCUGCUAAACAACAGCACGCCCAAGACCCUCCGGCUAUGCAACUCGCACCUCGAGUCGCUAGCGCUAGAGCCGCCGCUGCGCCCGGCGCAAGUCCGAGUCCUGGCGACGCACAUGCGCGCGCCGGGUGUGCACGGCGCGCUCGCGGCGGGGGACUUCAAUGCCGUACAGCCGUUUGACCGGGGGCUGCACGCGGACAACGGGCUGCGGGACGCGUAUCUCGAGGUGGGGGGGCGGGAGGACAGCGAGGCGGGGUACACGUGGGGACAGCAGGCGGCGACGAGCAUGCGGGAGCGGUUCGGGUGCUCGCGCAUGGACAAGGUGUAUUUCACGGGGGGGUUGAAGGUGUGUGGUUUCGAGAGGUUUGGGGCGGAUGUGCAGGUGAGUGGUGAGAGGGAGAGGGAGAGGAGGGAGAUUGAGGAGUUGGGGUUUGAGAAGCCGUGGAUUACGGACCAUUUGGGUGUUGUGGCGGAGUUUGAGGUUGUUGAUUGAGGAUUGAAAUAAGUAAGUAUGUACCUAAAGUAAGUAUAGGAAUUGAAUGAUUGCUCUGUUAAAAUUGAGAUAUCUUUUUGUUGGUAGUUAUAGGGGAUUGAGGGAUCUUGGAAGAAUCUUUCUACUUCAUAUUUCACUCUGGCUCUAUGUAUGCUCUUACAUGAAAUAUAGGGGCUAUGGGUUAUACGCUUAGUCUUAGGAUCUCAUCAAAUAAGUGGUUAAUCUUGC